GCAAAAGGAAGAGGCGAUGGAGAACAAGAAAGGCUCGAAGAUGAACAUCGCCAUCAUUCAUCCUGAUCUCGGAAUCGGAGGAGCUGAAAGGCUAAUAGUUGAUGCCGCAGUGGAACUUGCAUCUCAUGGUCAUAAUGUUCACAUUUUCACAUCACACCAUGAUGGAAGUCGCUGUUUUGAAGAAACCCUUGCUGGUACAUUUGCAGUUACUGUAUAUGGAUCUUUCCUUCCCCGCCAUAUCUUUUAUCGUCUUCAUGCAGUAUGUGCGUAUCUGCGUUGCAUGUUUGUUGCUCUCUGUGUUUUGUUCAUGUGGCCAUCUUUUGAUGUUGUACUUGCCGAUCAAGUCUCUAUUAUCAUUCCAAUUGUGAAGUUGAAAAAGUCCACAAAGGUUGUGUUCUAUUGUCAUUUCCCCGAUUUGUUGCUGGCUAAACACACAACUCUUCUUAGAAGGAUAUACCGCAUGCCCAUAAACUUUUUGGAAGAAUUAACAACUGGGAUGGCAGAUUUGAUUCUUGUUAACAGCAAGUUUACAGCAUCCACUUUUGCUGCAACUUUCAAGCGUCUUGAUGCUCAGGGAAUAAGACCAGCUGUGCUUUACCCAGCAGUAAAUGUGGAUCAGUUCAGCGAACCAAAUGCUUAUAAGUUGAAUUUUCUUUCAAUCAACCGUUUCGAAAGGAAAAAGAACAUUGAUCUGGCAAUAUCAGCAUUUGCAAUGCUUGGCCAUCCUGAUGAGAACAUUCCUGAAGGGUUUAAUUUCGCUGACAUGACAUUGACUAUUGCAGGUGGAUUUGAUCAGCGCUUGAGAGAGAAUGUUGAUUACUUGGAGCAACUAAAAGUCUUGGCAGAAAUUAAAGGUGUGUCUAACCAGAUCAAAUUCAUCACAUCUUGUCCCACUGCCGAAAGAAACGCUCUUCUCUCUGAUUGCCUAUGCGUUAUUUAUACACCAAAGGAUGAACAUUUUGGCAUUGUUCCGCUUGAGGCAAUGGCUGCCCAUAAACCCGUGAUAGCAUGCAACAGUGGCGGACCAGUGGAGACAGUGAAAGAUGGGGAGACGGGAUUCUUGUGUGACCCGACCCCACAAAGCCUCUCAUUUGCCAUGGCCAAGUUCCUGCAGGAUCCAUCGUUAGCAGAAAGAAUGGGCGCAAACGCACGAUCACAUGUUGCCACAACGUUCUCGACAAAGACCUUCGGCGACCAAUUGAAUCAACAUAUCAUGGAUGUAGUAGCACACAGCAAACAAGAGUAACAAACUAAAGCAGAAUGAAGAAAGGUUUGGGGUAUGUUUGGCGGUGAUGAUAUCGUAGAUGAUAUUUCGUUGUUUCUGGAUUGGAUGCAGAGGAUGGACCAAUGCUGUUGGACCUUUCGGGUUCAAUCGGUUUACUUGUGAGGUGCAGUGGUAGUGGUGGAGGCAGAGAUAGGUAUCACUUACAUUACUGGUUUUCUAAAUUUGUUCAGAACUCGUGUGGUAAAGUUUGCAAUUCAUGCUUUAUGGUCGGUUCUCAUCCUGCGUCCUAUGCGUCAAAGAGCUUGCAAAAUGUGCUCUAUAGAGGUUCUAAUCUUGGAUCAUGGGUGUUCAAUCGUUUUAGGUUUCUUUUUGAAGUUUGACUUUUAACAUUAUUCACAGAGUGUUUGAUUUGACUUUACCUUUGUAACUUAUUCGUUUAAUUACUAUUUUAAUUUCGCUU